ACACACUGUAUCUAGUGUACUGAAGCAAAGAGGGAACUUCCUGUUAGUUAUCUAGCAGGCUCCAAGAGGGGAUAUAAAAGCUAUUAAUAUGUUGUUAUUAUGUGUUAAUAUGAUACAUUCAUAUGAAUAGAUAGCUGUAGCUUGUGUUCAUUGUUGUGAUGAGCAGAAGAUGGACUUUAACAGGACUGUUCUGGUGACUGGAGGCUGUGGAUUCAUUGGCUCCCACCUUGUGUGUUCCCUGGUCAACAGACACCCUGACUGGAGGAUUAUCAACCUGGAUAAUCUGGAUUACUGCUGCAGCCCCAGGAGUCUGGAGAGCGUUGAAGACAGAGCCAACUACACCUUUAUCAGGGGAGAUGUGUGCAACUCACAGCUGAUAAAUCACAUUUUCAACACUGAAAACAUCGAUGUGAUCUUUCACCUGGCGGCCAAAACGCACGUCGAGUCGUCGUUUGAAACUCCGUUGACUUUCCAGCGCGUUAACAUCGACGGGACCAGAGUUUUACUGGGAGCCGCCCAUCAGGCCCGACACCAGCCUCAGCGCUUCAUCUACGUCAGCACUGAUGAAGUGUACGGAGCCAGUCUGGACCAGGUGUUUGAUGAGAGCAGCCCAGUGAGGCCCUCUAACCCAUAUUCUGCCACUAAAGCAGCUGCAGAGUACCUGGUCACAUCCUACUGGGACAAAUAUAAGUUUCCCAUCAUCAUCACCAGGAGCAACAACAUCUACGGGCCCAGGCAGUACACUGAGAAGGUCAUUCCCAGGUUUCUCACCCUCUUGCAAAUGAACAAGAAAUGCACCAUCCAGGGAACCCUCCCCAUAUCCCGCCAUUUCCUGUUCGUCGACGACGCCGUCAGCGCCUUCCAGCUGGUUCUGGAGAAAGGGGUUGUGGGAGAAAUCUACAAUAUGGGAACAAGCUGUGAGAUUCCCAUCAUGCAGCUGGCCAGGGAACUUGUUAAGAUGGUGAAGAACGUGCCGGACUCCGAGGUGAACGACUGGCUCAAGUUUGUGCCCGACAGGCCGCGAGUUGACCUGCGCUACCCCAUCACAUGUGAGAAGCUGCAGCAGCUGGGCUGGAGAGCGGAGGUGUGCUGGGCUGAAGGCAUCAGACAGACCGUCAAAUGGUACCAAGACAACCCAGACUUCUGGCCGGACGCAAGCGAGGACCAAGAAGAACAAAUCAGAAGCCGGCUUCUUCAAGAAGCCACGGACAAAUAAGAGACUUUUUUUCUACAAAUGAUUUCACACAACAGGACUGAUUUAUGUCUCAACUAACAAAUGAAGAGUUUAUUAUUGUUGUCUCUAAAUGAUUGUGGGACCAACAGGAAGGCAGAGCCUCCCUUCAACCAAAGCACACCUGGAUAAUCAAUGCACUUUAUUUUGAUAUCGAUUACAUGAAAUUAGAAUUGUGACAGAUAUUUUUUUAAAUAAUCUAUUCUCAUUUCCUUUGCUGCCUGUCAUUUAAUGUUCAAAUUGAGCCGGUAGCUCAGAAAUCCAACGAGCAAAUACUGUAGCGGUGUUACAUUUACAUGCACUCAAGUACCGAGGUUACCCAGAAAUGAGUAAGGCGACUAAGUCAGUUGCUUAAGUGCACGUAAACGCAGCAGCUCCUGCUGACAUUCAGCAAGCUUUACAAGUCAAAUGUGUUUAAUCUUUUACAGCACAAGCAUUAUUUUAUUAAUUUAAAGAUACUUUGUUAUAGCAGUAGCCUUAUAAUAAAACGGAUGAGAAGGGAACUUGAAGUCAAAUCAUCUCAGUCAUUUGUUAAAGAGAUGUGUUUUUCACAUAAUGCUGUAUUUAACUGCUAAUAAACUUGAUUAUUUAAUAACUUCAAAA